AUGCCUUCCCGAAAUUGCGUCGCCCAGUUGGAGCACCAACACCAAGUCUGUGACGAAUACGACGACGACAACGACGACAACAACCACCCAGCGGCGGGCGAGCGUUAUUUUUCAAAAGGCACCGCGCUGUACAUUAUUUCAGAGCAUGACUACGGCAGGCAGCGCUCGCUGAUUCCGCUCCCGGCCUCUCGCGUCUGCGCCCAGCGAACAAAGUCGACGUCUGCGUACCUUCUUCCUCACCGCAUUGGGGCCCCAGUCCCCGUCCGCCCGCUUGCUCAGCGCCAGCCACGCUCGCUCAUGGCCACGCUUGCAUACGCCCAGGGCAUGCAGCCCACACAGCACCACAUGGCCUCCUCGUACGAGCUGGAGCCGCCCGACCUCACCAACUCCAAGUCGAGCAAGUCGUCCAGCUUCCACUCGGAGACGCUCUCCGACUACAUGGGGCCGAGCGACCUCUCGCACUUUGAGGAGAUCAAUCUCGACGACGUCAGCAGCGGUCCCAAUGCCUUCCCCAUGGCCACGAGCCCCGACCACCGCGUCGUCUACGAGGCCCGCAGCAUCUCUUCAUCGUCGCUGUCAAGCAUCCGGAGCACUCCGCUGCCGCACCCAGCCCAGCACUCGUUCCGCGACCUGACAGGCAGAAAGCCACAGUAUCCGAGUCUGACGGGCCACGUCAACCAUGCCGUGCGCCAGCCGCCGCCGCUGCCGCCGCCGCAGCAGCAGCUGGCACCCGGAAAGAUGCGGAGGGGGUUCACGUCGCCAUCAGCACCCUCGCUCCAGACCAUGAACCUGAACCUGGCAGCACCGCGACACGCCUCCCGCUCGCCCUCUCCGUCGAGUGCACACACAUCGGCACCACGCACACUCUCGCAAAUGAGCUCGCGGACACUAGACGUCUUGCCUUCGCCCUCGGUUAAUGCCCGGAGGCAGUCGUGGCAGGACGCAAAGCGCAAGACAGUGAAGGAGAGGGAGGCAGAGUGCGACGACGAGGACGACGAACUGCCCGAGGACGCUGUCAUCUGGAACAUUCCCAUCUCACCGCGCCCCGCUCAGGAGCGAUCACCAGCCCCGUCAACUAGCGGCAGCCCCCCACAGCCCUCCCCGGCCGCCAGUGCAGCCAGUGCGGGCCUUUCGUCGGCGAGGACAUCGCCAGCCCCGAACUCACGCUCUCCACAACCGCCAUCACCACACCCCUUAAAUAGAACAGAAUCACCGCCCACACUAGAAAGACAGCGGACGUACACAUGGCAGGAUGCCUACGGAUCUCUCGACCCGGAUGCGAAGACAAUGACGGAGAAGCUGGAGGAAUAUCAGGUGGAAUUCGAGCGGAAGCAGGAGGUCAAGCGCCAGCAGCCGGGACUUGCAAGAUCGACCUCCCUAAAUCAGCCUAAGCCCAAGACGAAGAAGACCACAUUACCACCCAUCCGCAAGAGUGACCCUCUGAUCGACCCGUUCCAGCCAUCCGCUGAGAAGCAAAAGUACCUCUCGCGCACUCGCCCUUCGUGGUUACCACCCAAGAACCCGAAGGAGGAGAAAAAGCACCUCAAAGAGUACCAGCGGAUGCUGGCGCGGAUCGAAGAAGCUGAACGCCUCGAAGCCCAGCGCGCUCAAGACGAGACCCUUGCACGCGAGAAGGCCACUCGCAUAAAAGCAGAGUACUGGUCGAAUCUGCUACUUCCCAACUGGGCCACUGAAAUGACGAAGCCUGAGCUCCUAGCUUCACACCGGAAAAUGUGGUGGAACGGCGUUCCUCCACGGUUAAGAGGGCAGGUCUGGUCAAAGGCAGUAGGAAACGACCUCGAAGUCACAGAAGGCACCUUCAAGAUCGCACUCGAGAAAGCACAGAAAGAGAUUGCGCAACUAGGCACCGAGGCACUGGGCGGCCGCUACGCACAAAUCCUCGAAAACACGCGCUCUGUCUUCCCUGAGCUGAAGAUGUUCGCCGCUCCCUCCUCCUCAGCCGCAAACGACGAGCAACCACUGCAUCAAGACCUGGUCAAUGUGUGCCUGGCGUACGCAACCUAUCGCCCCGACAUCUCUCACAAAGAGAACGGAAUUCACCACAUCGCGGCACUGCUCCUGCUCAAUCUUCCCACCCCAAACACUUUCAUCGUGUUGUCGAAUCUGCUCAACAGACCCCUUCCGCUCUCCUUUCUUGUCCAGGACCCAAAUGCUAUCCAUGCUGCAUACUCCACCACGCUUCACGCCCUCUCCAAGAAGUCACCCAGCCUCACAAAGCGAUUGGAAGACCUUCGCGUGGAGCCGAGAGACUACCUCUACCACAUGUUCAGCAGCCUGUUCUGCGGGCGGCUGGGCGUCGAGCACGCAGCCCGCGUCAUGGACGUGUACGCCAUUGAGAGCGACAAGAUCCCUCCGCGCGUCGCUGUGGCGAUCAUGCUGGUGCUUGAGGGCAGCUGCAUGGAAGGCGAGAAGGGCGCUGUGGAGAAAGUGCUGGGCGAGAAGAAGGUAGCCCUGAGUGUCGACGAAUUCAUGGCCAAGGUGUAUGAGGCGGGCAAGAUGAGCUCGUCGCCGACGCCUUGA